AUGGCGGACGUGGACGUGUUUGAGGACGCGCUGUUCACGCUCUUUGCGCACCACCAGCCCGCGCGCGGCGACCCCGGCAGCGCCGGCCGCUACGAGAACGCGGCGCUGCCUGCUUGGUGCGCCGACGCGCCCGACACGCCGCGCGCCCUCGCGUACUGGAUCCCUGAGGCAAGCAGCGCGAACACGCGCCUCUUUGCGCACCACCAGUGGGACGCAGGCGUCCUCCUGGCCGACCUCCUCGUCGCACACGCGCCCGUGGAUGUGCGGGGCCGCGCAGUCGUCGAGCUCGGCGCGGGCACCGGCCUCCCAUCGCUCGCGGCCGCGGCGUGCGGGGCCGCCCAGCGCAAUGCGGCGGCGCUCCAGGCGCGCGCGCCGCACGCGCUGCCCCUGCAGGUGCAGGGCCUGGCAUGGGGCAACGACGCGCACGCCCAGCGCGCAUGCGCGGCCCACGGCGGGCCCUACGACGUUGUCCUCGCUGCCGAUGUGCUAUGGGUAUCGUCGCAGCACGAGAACCUGCUCGACUCGAUCUGCGCGCUGCUCGCGCGCCGGCCAGACGCGCGGUGCCUCGUCGUCGCAGGCUACCACACGGGGCGGCCCGCGACGGAGCGCUUCUUCCUCGCUGCACGCACACGCGGCCUGGUGCCCGACCCGGCGUCGCACCUCGCCGGCAUGUACGAGCGCAGCAUCUUCGGCGAGGAGCGCGCGUGCGCCGUGGCCGCCCCCGCGUCGGACCUCGGCGACAUCAGCGCGCGCGCGCAGUGGGUCCGUGUCGGGUGCCUCCAGUGGGCGCCCACGGCCCUGCGCUAG